AAAGCCGUUGGGUUAUCCAGGAUUCCAAAAGAAGGCGAUCGGGGUUUUGAUUGGAUCCAACGGCCGAGAUUAACUAGCCGUUCAUUUCAGAAAAAGGAAAAAAAGAAUCAUCAUCCUUUUGUGUAGCGGACAUACAUCCGCUCUUCGCGUCCUUCAAAUCUUUCGCUAAUAACUCUACAAAUCUUUGAUAAAGAGAGAGGGGAAGUCUCGACAGAGUUACGAAUCGGUUUUGCUGUUAUGGGAUUGUGCUGCUGACAGAGACAUACAGAAAGAAACAGAGAGAGAGAGCGAUCGUCGAAAGGCAACAAAAGAAUACUUGGGGAAUAAAGAUGGUUGGAUCAGAGGAGAACAAAGACAGAGUUGUUGGACCCAUGAAUCCGAGGAUUGGGCAGACACGAAGAGCACUCAGUAACAUAAACAAUAACAUCAUCCGAGAUCCUCUUUAUCCUUGUGUUGCUGUCAACAAGAGACCAUUCUCCCAGAGAAAUGGGACAUGCCACAAGAAGAUUCCACCUGUUCCUGUCCAUCGACCCAUCACAAGGAAGUUUGCUGCUCAAUUAGCUGAGAACAAACCCCAAAUACAUAAACAGGAGGAAACCAAGAAAUCAGACGAAGAUGGAGACUUCCACGAGCCAAUGUUUGUUCAACACACUGAAUCCAUGCUUGAUGAAAUUGACAGAAUGGAGGGUAUUGAAAUGGAAGAUUCCGCUGAAGAAGAGACCGUGAUGGAUAUAGAUAGCUCUGACAAGAACAAUUCUCUAGCUGUAGUCGAAUACAUCAAUGACUUAUAUGACUUCUACAAGAACAAUGAGUGUCGUAGCUGCGUCCCGCCUAACUACAUGGAGAUUCAACCUGACAUUAACGAGAGGAUGAGAGCCAUCCUUGUUGAUUGGUUGAUUGAGGUGCAUUACAAGUUUGAGCUGAUGGAAGAGACGCUUUACCUCACAAUCAACCUCAUCGACAGGUUUCUUGCGGUUGUUACUCACCAUGUCCCAAGGAAAAAGCUUCAGCUUGUCGGUGUCACAGCUUUGUUGCUCGCUUGCAAAUACGAAGAAGUCUCGGUCCCUGUUGUUGACGAUCUCAUCGUCAUCUCUGACAAGGCUUACACUAGAAGAGAAGUUCUUGACAUGGAGAAGUUAAUGGCGAAUACCUUGCAGUUCAAUUUCUGUUUGCCAACUCCUUAUGUGUUCAUGAGGAGGUUUCUCAAAGCUGCACAAUCUGAUAAAAAGGUUGAGCUUCUAUCGUUCUUCAUCAUUGAGCUUUGCUUAGUUGAGUACGAGAUGCUUCAGUACGUUCCUUCUCAGUUAGCUGCUUCAGCGAUCUACACUGCUCAGUCCACGCUUAAAGGAUUUGAGGAGUGGAGCAAGACCUGCGAGUUCUACACAGGCUACACUGAAGAAAAGCUUUUGGACUGUUCGAGAAAGAUGGUUGGCUUGCAUCACAAGGCAGGGACAGGGAAGCUAACAGGUGUUUACAGGAAAUACAACACAUCCAAGUUUGGUUAUGCUGCAAGAACUGAGCCAGCUGGGUUUCUUCUCCUGUAAACCCGAAGGUUUUAUUAGGUCAUACUAUAAUGACUUGACCAGCUGCAUAAGCUUGGGUGACACUCGUUUGUAAAUCAGAAUAUUUUCUUUAAUAUUGAUUGAUAGCAACUCUCUCACUCAA